CGCAGCUGGCCGCCAGGCGAGCGACUGCCUGCGAAGAAUCGUCUCACCGCCGUCGCCAACACCCGCAACAUUUGACACUUGGCGUACCGCGCAAUAACAUUACGUUAACCUUACCUCGAUUAGGAAUUGCUCUUAUGUAAAAAACUUGAACUUUUUUUGGCCUGCCGCAAAAACUUUUGAUGAAAUGUUAAUGAUGGAAUCGAUUUUUGUAAAUAUUAACAAUAACGAUUUUCCUCGCUAUAAUAUUAUAAUACCGAUGAUAAACUAUGUUCAGUAAAUAGUAAGGCUUGUGUUGUGCUAUAAGAUAAGACGAUAAUUGUGUGCAUUUUAUUUUCGAGUGAUCGUGUGUGUGAUAAGUAAAAGGACACUCAGAAGCUUGCUUACGAGUUCACGGCUCGUUAAUUUGGUGGAGGAGAAAAGCCGAAAAAAGAGGUCUUCGCCAACGUCCGCUCAUCGAAGUGAUAAAAUUUAUGACAAACGGUCUGGUAAUGAUUGCUCCACUUUCAAUCAAUUAUAAGGAAAGAAAAUCAUGAUUUGGUGGCCGCGAGCCAGAGAGAAGAGUAUUGUUGUAAGAUGAGUCGGUGUGUCGUCGGGCGGUGCGCGAGAGCAACACGGCGGACCGCGUGAUGCGCGGCGGCGCCCGCGUUGCCGGCGGCGCGUCGCCCGCGCUCACGCCCGCGCUGUGCGCGUGAUGCGCACGGACCGCGCCGCGCUCUACGCGUGGCUCGUCUGCUGCGCUGCUGCGAUAUCCACGCACAAGUACAGCACGCGCAUCGUGCGCACCAAGUACGGCCCGCUGCGCGGCAUCGUUGUACACUCGCACCCGCAAGUUGAAGCCUACCUGGGUGUGCCGUAUGCCACACCACCACUUGGUAGUCUUAGAUACAUGCCGCCGGUGACCCCAUCGCAGUGGCGCACGACGCGGCUGGCGGACGCGCUAGGGCCGGCGUGCCCGCAGGUGCCGCCCGCCGCCGCGCCGCACGAGGACGCACUGCUGCUGCACCCGCGCGCGCGCCUCCGCCAGCUGGAGCGCCUACUCCCCACGCUUGCUAACCAGAGCGAAGACUGCCUUUACGUUAACCUAUAUGUACCUGUUAAUGGAGCAGAAGUUGAAAAUGAAAAGGCUGGAUUGCCAUGCCUGGUGUUUGUGCAUGGGGAGUCUUAUGAGUGGAGUUCAGGCAACGCGUAUGACGGCACUACUCUAGCAGCUCAUGGCAACGUCAUCGUAGUAACUAUCAACUUUAGAUUAGGAGUUUUGGGUUUUUUAAAAACUGGUGCUAAAGGGUCAGCUCAGGGUAAUUUCGGCUUAAUGGAUUUGGUCGCCGGAUUACAUUGGUUGCGGGAAAACCUCCCUGCCUUUGGGGGCAACCCUGAGAAGGUGACUUUGAUGGGUCAUGGCACCGGCGCUGCUCUUGCCAAUUUCCUGGCCGUUUCACCUGUUGCUAGGGAGCUAUUGAAGCGCGUCAUUUUGUUAAGCGGGUCGGGGUUGAGCUCGUGGGCACUGCAAAGGGAACCGCUUACAAUAAAAAGAAAGGUAGCAGAACAGACAGGUUGUCAUGGAGACCUACUCGAGGACGACUUAGCGCCGUGUCUACGUAAUAAGCCGCUAGCAGAAUUGCUUGCGGUCCGUUUAGAACCACCACGUUUUCUUCCUGGCUUCGCACCCUUCGUUGAUGGCACUGUUAUUGUCAAUCCUUCGUUGGGGCCUCCGCCAACAGAUAGUUCGAGGUUAGGAGCCGGUGCGGCGGCCGUAGCGACCGCAGCUGGUCAUGAAUUAGCCGACUUUCCUCACAGAGAACUGCUCUUUGGCCUUACUACGACAGAAUCUUACUUGGAAUUCAAUGCUCAAGACUUGGAGUUUGGCUUCAAUGAGAGCCGGCGCGACCGCAUUCUGCGCACCUUCGUCCGCAACGCGUAUUACUACCAUCUCAACGAAAUUUAUUCAACUCUUAAAAACGAGUACACCGACUGGGAUAAGCCUUUACAGAAUCCACUAAGUGUGCGUGACGCCACUCUUGAGAUUCUUAGCGAUGGUCGCACUGCAGCACCUUUGAUACGAUUGGGUUAUCUCCAUGCACUCCGCCGCGGUACCACGUACUUUACACAUUUUCACUACCUUUCGCAAGACAAAGACUAUCCACAGCGGCCAGGAUCCGUGCAUGGCGAGGAGUUACCGUUCUUUUUGGGAAUGCCUCUAUCACAGAGUUACCAUCAUUUGAAUUUUACGUCACAAGAACAACGCGUAUCAAAGCUUUGUAUGCAUUACAUUGCUAAUUUUGUUCGAAAUGGAAAUCCCAACGAUCCAUCUGCGACACCACCUCCAAGUCCAAUAAUGGGAGAGGCGGUGCCGAUGGGCGCUGACGAUAUUCCUUAUUGGGAUACAUAUGAUACAAUAAACCAGCUGUAUAUGGAAAUAGGUACUAAGCCCGGAAUGAGAAGUCACUAUCGCGGUCACAAGAUGUCAUUAUGGUUAUCCCUCAUACCGCAAUUGCAUCGACCCGGCUCAGACUUGCCAGAUGCCGCUAUGAGACAUCAUCAUUUUCAAGACGAUAACGCAAAUUAUUAUGAAGGUGCAGUAAGACCACAAUCAAUGUCCCGGACUCAUGUACCACACGUAGUCAAUAUAGCCGGUGGACGAGACAAAAGCACUCCUCCUCCUCGAUCUGCAUCCCCAAAACCAUCCCCGGCUCCACCGGCGUCCACCGAAUGUCCUCCAAAUGCUACGGCUACUCCAGUGCAAACGGAUGAUGCUCUUUUGCGUCGUCUCGCAUCUUCGCAUUACCAAUCGUACACCGCUGCUCUUACAGUAACUAUUGCUGUUGGAUGCUUUCUAUUGCUACUAAAUGUCCUUAUUUUUGCUGGAAUAUAUCACCAGAGAGGGUCAAGGCCUCGACGCUGUAAGGAUGAUUUGACUGAAGCGGGCAGUUCUUCUUCGUCAGACAAUUAUGACGGAAAGUUAGAUUUCGAAGUGCAUGCCUUUGAAGGGAAAGGGUUCGGAUUUGAAUGCAAAUCAGCACAUGUGCCUCGCGGAUUGGGUUCGAAAUUUGAUUUAAGAACUUUGUCAGAUUCUGGUGAACCUACAUUCGGAGAAUAUAGUUGUUACGAUGAAAAACAUCUAGCUGCGCGAAGAUCAUUACCAGACGUGAGUGUUGGAAGUGCUAUUGAUGCCGGCAGUGUUGUGUGUAUCGAUACUCAGAAACCGGAUAUACAGAAAAUAGAAGCACGUAUACAGGAAGCCGUAGCGAGAACUAGUACAAGUACGUUCGAACCACGUGUCGUAGAUAGUUCGACCCAAGUGAAAUUCGGUCCUCUAAACGAUGGUAAUGAAUUACUUUCAGAAACAAAUGGUGAUUCAGAAAAUGGGACCGCUAGUGGCUCAGGGAUUUUAAGAGUUCCUCCUGCACCGACGACACCAGCACCUCCUGGUAUCAUGAAGAAAAGAGUUCAAAUUCAGGAAAUAUCCGUAUGAGAUUUACAGAAAUUAAGCACUGCUGAAGUGGUGGUUAAUGAAAGGACAAAAUUAUAGUGUUGUUAAUGAUAUUCUAAGGUGUAAAUAUUGAAGCUAAUAAUUAUGAUAAAUUGAAAUAUGUAUAUAAUCUAUCUUUAUGUUUUUGCUGGUGAGUUUUCCGAACUUUUUAUUAUUUAUCGAAUCUAUAAAGUAUAAGCACAACUUGCUUUAUUUUUAUCAAGUGAAAUCGUAACAAGCAAAGAAGACCAAUAAAACUUUAAAGAAUAGUUGAACAUCGAUUUGAAAACGUGUUCUGUUUUUACGUAAAUGUAUCCUUAUGCCAUUAUAGAUAGGAGAUUACAAUUUUGUAACAUGAACGGUUAACGUUAGUUAUAUAAACAUAUUCAUACACACCAACAAAUGUGAAUAUAACAAUAAUAAUAAUAUAUAGUGCAGAUAAGACUAAAUAACUUGCCAAUAUUUAGGUGUACAUACAAUAAAUUUAUCAAAGUGUUUCAGAGAUGUAGACUACAUAAGGAAAAUGCGUAUGUUGUGAUUUUUUGUAAAUUUAUUUAAGUAACGUACUAAACCUGUUAAGUGUGUAGUUUUUAUAAGUAAAUAUAAAAAUUAUGAUACUCUUAUGGGCGAGUCCAUUUGCUACAUAGUUAUUUGUUAUCUUACUUUAUGUAAACAUGAACAUUUUGAGGUGAACAGGGUAAUGUGUCACAAUUUCUCUUCCUACAUCAACUCGUCAUCCUAAUGAUUUAAUUUCUGAUUCAUUAUUAAAAGGAAUCAACCCUGUAAUUAAAAAAAAAGAUUUUUCGUUUAAUAUCUCUUUUUAUAGCAUUUCUAUUUGGUUGAAAUGUGACAUAAUGACGGCCAUGUUUACUCCUUUGCUCUAAUAUUUUUAGCACUUGAACGCGAUUCUUUAGAAACUUAUAUAAAUGGCCUAAACCAUAAGAAAAUCUUAUUAAAUUCUAGCUUCUGCAAACGACUCGUCCAUAUUUUAUCUUUGCAGGAAUUGAUGAUGAUUAAGUGUCUAAAGUGAACGAUUUAAAAAUAGGAUAAUGAUGUGACCAUAUUGUGACAAAAUGUGAAUGCAGAAAAUACAAUUUGUGUUACAUACCAUAUGUCGAUAUGCCCAACCUAAUAUGGAAUUGAAAAUUAUUGAGUUUUAAACCAUUUAUUAAAUUUUAUGAAAGUUAAUUCAUAUAAAAAUCUUCUAUGUUUUAUUUCCUCCAAGGAAUUGCAUGAGUAUUUUUAAUGUUUUUAUCGUUAUUCUGUGUACGUUAUAUUUAAGUACGUAAGUUAUUAUUAUAAUACAUAAUAUAUUAUAUACAUUAUAUAUAGAACAACGUUAGUGUCUAUUAGUAUGUUCUCGUUGAUUCUCCAUAACAUUAUUAAAAUUGUAUUAUAAAUAAUUAUGGUUGUAUGAGUUUACGAUUUAAAACCGUAAUUCAUACAGGUUAUGUUAUCAAAAUGCGUUUUAAAUGCAAAUAUAACAUAUGUAUACACAUAUAUCAUAUUGGUCACAAAAAUCUUGUACCUAGAAGCGUUUCAGUACCUUUCAUGAGACGUAACAUUGGUUAUUAAUGUAAAUAUGAACUAAUUGAACAAAAAAUCAACAUUUUGUUACAAUUUGGAGUUAAAUGGAGUGCGUA